AACGGGACAACUUGCCAUUUUUGUACGUCAUCAAUGGUCUCUUGGAAUUUCUUCACUCACGCAUAUGCAAGACCUCGAAAGCCUCAUUCUAGAUCCUCAAUAUGAUGAUACGUUGAAGGCUGACGGAGAAAUUCAACCUAUCUGGAUAUUAUUAGUGGAUGGGGGACCGGAUGAGAAUCCAAGACAUUUAAAGAAUAUUAAAAAAUACAUUCAGCUUUUUCGAAAAUUUGAUUUAGAUUACCUCACUAUGCGGACACACGCAUCAGGACAAUCCAAGUAUAAUCCUGUUGAAAGGAUAAUGGCAACACUAUCCGGAAAAUUAGCAGGUAUUACUCUACCAAUCGAUCACUUUGGGACGCAUCUAGAUACACAAAGUAAAGUGAUUAAUCCUGAAUUGGCUCUUCAAAACUUUCGAUAUGCUAGAGAGGUGCUUUGUGAUAUUUGA